GGGGCGGGCGCGGGCCCGGGGUCCGUGCGCCGGCGCCGCCGCUCUCGGCGUGGGCGGCUCGGGGUGGCGCAGGCGGCCGGGGCGGGGCGGAACGCGGGGCCGUCCGCGCCGCGGCGGAAACAAUAGUGCGGAUCCCGGCGCGCGGGGCCGGACGGUAGAGCUCCCCUCGGAGCCGCUUAGGAGCGCCGGCCGGGUGCCCAGACGGACAGACGCACGGACGGCAGGCGGGACGGGCCCCAGGCCGCGCCGGCUGCCCGCGACCCUCGAGCGGCGCCCCCGGGACCCUCCGGUCCGCGGCUGCGGGGUCCCCGACGGGAGCCGACCCUUGCCGGGCGUCCGCGUCCCCACGUGCGUCUCCCCCCGCGGAGCCGCGGAGCCGGGGGCACUAUGAACGGAGAAGAGGAGCAGUUUGUAAACAUUGAUUUGAAUGAUGACAACAUUUGCAGUGUUUGUAAGCUGGGAACAGACAAAGACACACUCUCCUUCUGCCACAUUUGCUUUGAGCUGAAUCUCGAGGGAGUUCCAAAAUCUAAUCUUUUACAUACCAAAUCAUUGAGAGGCCAUAAAGACUGCUUUGAAAAAUACCAUUCAAUUGCAAACCAGGACUGUUCACGAUCCAAGCUGUCCAAAAGUACUUACGAAGGAGUUAAAACCAUUCUGAGUAAGAAGAUAAACUGGAUUAUACAGUAUGCCCAAAAUAAAAACCUGGAUUUGGAUUCUGAGUGUUCCAAAAGUUCCCAGCAUCACCUGUUUAAUUUCAGGCAUAAGCCAGAUAAGAAAUUACUCCCCCAGUUUGACUCUCAAGUGCCAAAGUACUCUGCAAAGAGGACAGCUGGAACCACAGGUGGCAUCUCAAGCUAUACGCAAAGAAUUUUGGAGCAGAGGGAAAAUACGGACUUUGGGCUUGCUGUGUUGGAAGACUCGGCUACAUUGUGGCCUCACAGUCACAACCAGGCACAGAGAACAGAAGAGACGAGCUCUGGUCCAGAGGCGAAUGUCCAGACCCAGAAUCCGCAUUAUAGCAGAGAACAAUUGAAUUCAAUGACUCUUGAUGAAGUAGAACAACUGAAUGCAAAGCUCCAACAGCAAAUCCAGGAAGUCUUUGAAGAGUUAGCACACCAAGUGCAAGAAAAGGACUCUUUGGCAUCAGAGCUUCACGUCCGUCAUGUCGCCAUCGGUCAGCUCCUCAAGAACUGUUCCAAGCUACCGUGCCUCCAAGUGGGACGUGCCGGCACGAGGCCGCACCUACCCAUGAACGACUGAACUAAGUGGAGUGGCUGCGCUUUAUCAGCCGUUGGUCUGCGAAGCAUGUGCACCUAGAAAGCGUGUGGAGAACGUUACGGUCCAUUUUAUGGUUGUACUUGCAAAACAUAAGAUAAUAUUUAUUAUCUUUAUCUAAUAAAGCAGAUCACUCUAGUCUAGGGUUAAUCAUUUGGCUUCAUUUGGAGAUUUUUUUUCUUACAAUUACUAAAUGUCCCUCCCUAACUUUUACCAUGUGUGACUACUUUAAUAUACUGUUACAGUAUGUUUUUAUUGAACAUUUUUUUAUUGUAACUCAGCUGUCAAAACAAUGGAAGCCUAAUAAGGUCGUAUGUUAGUCCAAACUACUAGAAAUAAUUUUAAGAGGGAAGUAGAAUUCAUAAUAUCACCUUAUUUAUGAACAAUAUUUUAAUAUAAAUUUUAUAUAUCAAAUUGCUAUUUUGGGUAUUUUUCAUUGUCUUUAUAAAUGUGUAUUUGCACUUAUGUGUGAAUAUAUGUUCAUCUAUAGGAAGAUCACUGCAUUUGGGGGAUACAGUGUUUUUUAUAAAACUGUUAUCUUCCUUUCUAAAGAUAAACAUGUUUUGCAUAGUAUUUGGAGAAACAGUCUACCUAAUAAGCUCUUUUAACUAAUAAGAGCAUAUGCAAGUGGAAUUAAUGACUCUAAAGCAAAUAUCCAAGCAAAUAAAGUGUAUUACUGUUUUCUAAUGAAAGCAAUUCUGAAUUAGCCUAGGAAGAAAAUACAAUUCUAGUUUUUGUGUGUCCGUCUCCAUAAAAGUAGAAGCCCCACUCUGCUUUUUAUCUCUCAUGACCCCCUUUGACUGUUAGGUUUUGGACAAAGUAGUUCAACUCUCAGCCCCGAGCCCAGUGUAACUCCUGUCUCCAAAUUGUACUUGUCCUCUUUGGGGGAAAAACAAAAUUAUUAUGUGUGCCACUUCCACAAAAUUUCAAGAAUCAGUUAACUGUGCAAAUUCUGCUUUCUGCUGUCAACAUCACUGAAACUAGUCGAAAGAAAAGAAAGAGAAGAAUUUUAAGGUACUUUUCUAAAUUUUAAAAUCUCAAGGGAUAGGAGAUUACAGAACAAAAGAAAACCAAUAUUCAAUUCAAUAAAAUAAGCCCACUUUUAAAAGGAUAAUAAGCUACUUUAGUUCCAGAUUCUUAACUAAUAAAUUACCUCAAGAAGUUAUAUAAGUUUUAAUGAUAAAAUAAAAGCUAUAACUAAUCCAAUAUUAAAAUGGACUCUGGAUUGUUUUUAGCUGGUGCUUAGAAUGUAUUUGUAUGGUAGGUUUUUUGUUUUUUUCUUGCAGAAAUCUAAGGAAAGAAAGCCCAUUGACUUAACAGCUUCAUAAAUGAAGAUGACUUCUGCCUUGAAGUUGGCAGUCUAUAUUUGGGCAAGGGUCACACUUUAAUAUUGAACACAAAUACUGUUUGACUAAAGAAAUGCUUCACUGUAGAAAAGCACCUUUUCCUAAUAUUAAGAUGUAUUAAAUUGGCCUGGGUUUGUGCAUUAGUUGAUAUCCCAUUGUUUUUGCUUUUACCUAUAUUAAACUUCACAUUGAAGCUUUUUGGAGGGAACUUUUGGGGGAAAAAAAAUUUUUUUAGUUUCUUCUCAAGUUCUUUGAGUCUUCCAAGAUGAAUUUAAAGUAUGGAGAUUGGAGAGGAAUGCAUUGCCUUAGUUUUGACAAGCUUUAAAUUGAAUGUGUGCAAUAUAGAAGGAUCCACAUUUGCAAGCUGGGUAAAGACUUGUCCUGAUUAUGCCAGUAAGUAUUUUAGUGCUUCGUUGUCAUGGUUACAUUUUCAAGUUUGACUGCACUCCUGUUUGGUAUAACACGUGAAGAAUGUUAGCAGCCAGUGUAUCGCACACAUUUGUGCUUCUGUCUGGAUGAUGUAAAGGCAGUCAGGGCAGCCAGAGGAGUGUAAGAUCCUCAGUAGUGGGUGGGUACUUAGUGUAUUUCUAUCACAGGAGACACAGGGUGCGAUCCUAAAUACAGUGUUAUCCAAAGAAAGCAUUUGCUUGUCUCUUUAAAGAGUUUUCUGGCAAACAUUUAGUUCCCUAAUGAGUUUGGAAAAAUUGGAAUUUUCCCAUGUACUAAGGUCUUAAUUGGGACCUCUGAUUCAUUUCAUUUAGAUAUUUCACCAGAAACAUCAAAGCAAUGGUGCUCCUCAGUCUCUCUGGUGCUGGUAGUAACACUAGUACUUACUCACAAGAAUUUUGGAGUAUAAUUUACUCACCAAUUACUUCUCUUGGGGGGGGGAUGUUUGUUUUUAGACAGGGUCUUGCUGCAUAGCUUUGGCUAGCCUAGAAUUCUUGGACCAAUUACAGGCUGGCCUGUAAUUUGUGGCAAUUCUUUUGCCUCAGGAGGAGAUCAGGUGCUGUGAUUCAGGUGUCUUCCCUACACCUAGAUUCAUAUGCUCUCCUGAUUGAAUUUGCAAUUACUGUAUAUGCAGAAAUAAGGGUGGGAUAGUUAAUUCCAAUUUAGGGAAUAGGAGCUAUCACAAAUACUGGUUCCUACAUUUGGUUCUUUCUCUGAAGUUGUCACUAUGUUUUGAGAAAGUUCAGAAGAAACUCACAUAAGAUUUCUUUUAUUUUUUAAUAACAGAAGGCAGACUGAUAGUGACGCAUGCAUUUCAGAGCGUCUAUGACUAUGAGAAGUGACGUAAAAUUUUGUCAUACUAGAUUCGUGGUUGAACAAGAUGAAUAUUUUUAAAAUUAGAAGUCAGAUGUGAUUAUUAACAUGAGUUUUGUCUUUAAAGAUUGGUGUUUUUAUGUGCCUAGCAUAUAUCAGGCCCUGGGCUCAAUUCCUGUCUCCAUAGGAAAUUAAAAAAGGGUUUGGGUUUGGAUUCAUCAUGUUGCCCAGGCUGGCCUCAAGCUCAGUGUCGAUCUUACUGCUUCAGCCUUCUGGAUGUGGGGGACUGACAUACGCUGCCAUGCCUGGCUUAAACUUUUUAUAUUGUCCAACCUGUUACAUUUCUCCAGAGAUUAUCUUACCCUAGUAUUAAUUUCUAAAUUAGUUCUUUGGAAACGGUAUUCACUUGAGAGCCCAUGCUGGUGAUCUCAGAUUUGUUUUGUUGUGAGUCUUGUGUGCAGUAUUGGAGUAAAGAGAAGACCUUCAGUUUCCAAACUACAUGUUCGGUUCACCAUAAAGUGCCCAUUUUUAUAAACAUUUAAUGAUUAUUUUUCAAAAUGUGUUCGUGUUGGCAAGCAAUUUCAGGAAUAAAUAUAUUCUGUUGCCAUCUUGAUGAGUGCUUCUGAGUCCUUGGUCUUGAAUAAUAUCUAUAUCAUAUCUGCUGUUAAAAUGGCUUUUACCUCUGUGGGUUUAUACAGUACUUAACUUGGUGUUUUGUCUGUGGAGGCCUAUCAGUUUAUUGUUAAUUUUCAAAGUGAUUCUUUUGAUCUGUUUGUGUUAAUGUGUACCAGUUUGGGUUUUAUUUUGUUUCUUUUCAGGAGAAAUCUGUUUAUUAACAUUGUAUGUAACACAAAACAUGUGUGCUCAAAACUUGAGAAUUUUAAAGAUCUCUAUAGCUUUUUAAAGGGUUCAGAUUUGUGAGAAUGAAAAGUAAUUACAUGUACAUGAAAUACUUUAAUGGUAAAAUACAUUGUUCUUUUCAAAGUUUUUGUUUGGUUGGGUUUGGUUUUUUUGGGUUUUGUUUGGUUGUUUGUUUUACUUUUUUUGACAGUUCAUUUACUGACAUGUUAUUAUUGUUCAAGCUAAAGCAAAAUGUUUGCUUUAAAACUUCAUGACUAAAAAUUUUAUAUACCCUAAAGAUACAGUAUUAAAGCAGAAACUUUAUUUUUAUUUGAUUCCAUUUUUACCUUGAAUAGAAUUUUUUUUUUUUUUGAGGAAAUUUGACUUGACUAAAAAAAAAAAAAAAAUCACUGACAAUGGAGCCCGAAAUAACUACCCUUGCCCUCAUAGAGCCUUGUGGUGAUGGGCUGGGGAGAGUUUCUCGCAGGAGUGAUGGGGCUUUGUGAGGAGGGGGAGGUCACACUAGGGCAGGAAGAGUGUGACUGCCCUGCAUUUCAGCGUUUUCAUUUCUUUCUCCUACAUCAGUCCUGACCUGAACAACCUCAGGCUGCACCUACCUUGAUGUGGCCCAGAUCCUCUGGGUCUGGGAUGUUAAGAUUUUUAACACUUAGUUUGUAAAUCAUAUUUUCACCACUACUUUUAGUUUAAAGGAGGCUGUUAUAAUUAUUUAGUAAUUUUCCCGCAAUUUCAAGCUUACCAGCGUGAAGCAGAAAUUUCAUGGAGAUGCACUUGGUUAAAGUUGCGGGAAGCUGCAUUUGCCUCUGGAGUAGUGGGUUGAGUUUUUGUUUGUCUGUUUGUCUUGUUCGUUUGUGCUUUCUUUUCCCCAUCCUACUGCCUCCAGUUUAAAGUGUUCGGCAGUGAUGUGUGUGUGAGAGAGAAUGUGUACCUUUUUGUAUGUGUGUGUAUGUGUGAGAGAGACAGCAUAUGCCGUAGAUGGUGAGCUUCAAUCUCUACUAUUAGAAGCUUCUUUUAUACAGUUGUGCUGACAUUUAGAAAAUAAAAGUGAAACUGCUGUGGUAAGAGCUUACGUUUGUUUCAAAAAAGUUUAUUUAGUCAUCUGGGUUAUAUGCAAUUUAUAUAUUUGUAUUCUGCUUUGGAACUGUAACUGGAUAAGCUUGUCUACUAUUUUUAACUUUGCAAUAAUAAAACAAGUAUUUUGUUAUCUA